UUCACUUCUAAUUUGUUCUGGGUUUUAUCUUUUUAGUUUGAAUUUGGGUUUUCAUGUUGCAAUUUUAUUAAAUAUGAUCGCAUUAAUUUCAAGUUCUGUUCUUGUUGGGUUGAUUAUAAUACUAGUUGUUAGUUUAAAUGUCAUUUGAAUCUUGGUUUUGUUGUAAAACUUGUUAAUGCAAUUUGUUGCUUGUUUGUUCUUGUUGGGUUCAUGCUAGAAUCAUUGUUACUAAUUUGUGCAAAACAAAUCGAUGUUAGUAAGUUGUUGCCAAUUAUGGUUGGCUGGGCAUUUUCAGUUGGUGAUUGUAUGUUGUGGCGUCGACUCGAAUAAAGACUUAAACUGUUUCUUACUUUGUUUAAGGCAAUGCGUGAAGUGAGGAUAAUCAUUUAGGGGGUAAUCAUAAUUUACAAUUGUUGGGGUACUUUAGGAGGCGAAUUACUAUGUCGAUUAUGUCUGAAAGGGUUUAAUAGGCUUUCCUAUCUCGUGAUCGAGCAGUAAUGUACUUCCAAUUAGGGGCAUUAAAUUCCUCCAUUUGCUCUUAACCAUAUUCUGAGCACGACACCACUAUUAGCUCCACCUUUACCCGUUGACCACCUAUAUUAGUUUCUAAUUGAUUUAUGUUGCCUUUUUAUUCAUAAUUCUCAUACUAGCAUGACCCAAGUAGAAAAUUGAUGCUGAUGCUACCUCAUACGAGUUGUAGUUCUGUGGGUGAAGAAGUGAAUUUUUCCAUGGAAUGAAUGAUUGGCAUUGAACCAUCAAGUUUUUGAAUGCUAGUUUGUGAGUUGUUAGCUCCACGAAUAGGUUAUCUGCCACUGCUAGCACCUCAAAUUAAACCCCUCUUCAGCAGCACACUUCCUCCAGGGGAUGAUACAGUUUGGUUUGAGUACAAAGGAUUACCCUUGAAAUGGUAUAUACCAACGGGCGUUCUAUUCGAUCUUCUGUGUGCGGAGCCUGAGAGACCUUGGAAUAUUACGGUUCAUUUUAGAGGUUAUCCGAGUAAUACACUAGCUCCUUGUGAAGGUGAAGAUGCUGUUAAGUGGAGUUUCAUCAAUUCUUUGAAAGAGGCUGCCUACAUAAUCAAUGGAAACUGCAAGAAUGUAAUGAACAUGUCACAGUCCGACCAGUUGGAAUUAUGGCGUUCUGUUUUAAAUGGCAAUUUGGACUCCUUCCUCAAGGUGACAUCAAAGCUGAAGCUUGGAGCCAUUGAAGAUGAUUACACAGCAAAACUGUAUCCGUCGUUAAAAUCCUCGUCUGAUACUGGUAAUACAGAUAAUCCCGGACUUGCCAAAACAGGUAGGAUUCCAGUUCGGUUGUAUGUUAGGAUUUUUACCAAGGUGUUUGAUGACUUGGAAAAUGCUCCCGAGAUUGACAGCUGGGAGAAAAUUUCUUACAUAAACAGACCCAUUGGACUCAGUAAAGAUGAAGGAAAAUGCUCUACUUUAACUGAUGCUAUGAAGACUCUCCUGCCAGAGUAUUUUGGAGAAGGGACACUCAACAGUGAGAAAACAAUUGAAGAGGAGGUUCAAGACGUGCAUCCAGAAGAUGCUGGUGACACAAAAAUUACAGAAGAGGUGACUACAUCUGUCAGUGAACGUACUGAGGCCAAACAACCGUCAGAAAGUGCUGAAAUCAAGCUCAUACGAAUUCAAGGUAUCAAGCCAAAACCCGAGAUCCCUUUCUCUUGGGUAGUCAACAACCUAAUGAACCCAGAUCACUACCUUCACAUAUGUGUGUCUUUGAUCCAUCACUAGCCUUCGCUAUACAAGCGUUGCUUUACAUAGACCUGGUAACUUCUGUAUAUUUCACUUAGCUGGCCUUGUGGCUUCCACGUUGGUUUAUUGAGUUUGCACACCCUUGCAUUAUUUGUUUUCCUAUGCAAUCUGUAAAGCACAAUUAGUCUGUACAUAACAAAAUAACCUUCUUUUACUUAGAUUGUUUCCCGUUAAAGACCCCCCUUUCUUCCAUGUAUUGUUCGCAUGACGCACUUGAGAAAACGAGGGGUGAAUCAAAUGACAAGGUUAAGUUUCUAUACGA